AUGCCCGGCGAGUUUACAUGCCCCAAGUGCAAUGAGCAGGUGGUUAAGAAGGGGCAUACAGAGUAUUGCCCUGGUAACCUGCUCAUUCAGUGGGAGGACGAGAGCAAUGAAGGCACGGAGCAGAGUUCGGUUUGGCUCGCACUCAUUAGACACCCCACCAAUGCCGCCGACCCUGCGCCGUACUUCCAGUGCUUUGGUGAAGAAGGCGGGCAUCCCUGCAAGAAGAGGUUCAACAAGAUUCAGCGUCUCAGGCAGCAUGUGAAAACGUGCAACUAUCAGGGUCGGCGCAACUGGUCGCUCAAGGGCUACUAUGGCAACUACGAGGAUUUCAAGGCAGGUAUCGACCUAGAGGCACGUACAGCGAACGAUUCGGACGAGGACAUUGCAUCGCCUCAGACAACGCCCUCGAAGAAACAGAGGAGGAAGGAGCGCCGUAAAGCCCGCACCUCAGAUGUUUCUAUGCGGUCUGUGCGCGAUGACGAUCCUCACACCAAUAGCGACAAGUCUAUGGAAGUUGAUUCACCACCUCCCAGGCAGCGGAGAAAGAGGAGAUCUUCUAUACGCCACCAGCCCAGUCCUCAGGCAAGCGAUCAUGAAGAGGAGACACAUGUGACACCACCGCCAUCACCACCACUACCGCCGCCGCCACCGCCCCAGUCGAAAAAGAAGAAUACUCGCCGCGCAUCCGGUCAAGUACCACGUGAGCCACCGAUCCCUGAGCGCAGCGCUCCACCCCCUGUAGACAACCAGCAAGGAGAAGAUGAUGCAGCUCAAGUGCCUCCAGACGCGGCAGGCAAAUCUGUGCCACAAACAUUCGAGGAAAUGGUCAAUUCGCAGUGCACUAUAAGGGGCGAGUUCAUGUUCCACCCUAUCCUCGAGCGUUAUGGCAUUGCCAAGCAGGUCCGCCUCGACCGACUGAUAUGCCUCAAGGACCAACGCAUAGUCCCUCCCACAAUGCUGCACUCCCACAUCAAGUCACACAAAUCACACAAGCACUACGCCUCGGAGAAGCUGCUCAAAGCUAUAUGUGCGAAGCUCGAGAUCAACGAAGAUCCUCCAAUUCCGCCCUCUCCUGUCGAUGUUCCGAAGGAGUUUGCAGGCUUCGAGACAUGCGAAUGGGGCUGUGUAUGCCCUGAAGAGAACUGUGGGCAAGGUGCAGUGAACGAGGGCGCGAUGAAGACGCACUACAAUCAGUACCACAAGAACAAGCGCUUCAACAAGAAGAAACUCACGCAUUCGGCACUGCAACGUUUCAUCCGCACUGGCCCAGGUCACACGCCGUGGUUCGCCGUUCAUCGCCGCACACGUAUACCCUCAGACGUCAACCUUGUCCGCCUCAUGAAGGAUGCUGCCAACAGCAGGAAGCGUAAAGUUACACUUCCCGCCAAGGAUCUCGACCUUCGCCUGAUCGAACCCUGGCUGCUCUUCACCAAGUGGCACCUGCUGUUUGAUGGUUAUGAUUCACUGGAGGUCAUGCAGACAAUCGCGCUACCAGACGAGUCCUCGAAGCGCGCCAAGGAGGACUGGGAGAACUACAGCCAACUCAAGGAACACGUGUUGCAGCUGCUCACAAAGGCAACGAAGAAGAUUCAGGGCACGCAUGAGAAGGCACUAUGCUGCUUGAAUACUGCUGAGGCUGCCAGUGCACCAAACCACAUGCCACUGAGUCCCUUUCAAAACAACGAGACCCUCGCCUCAUACUCGCUUGUGGUCUAUCGCCUCAUCCUGUUCCUGCUCCGCCUGCUCGAGAAUACCAACCUGCCUGCAGACAAGACGCCCAACAAGGAGAAGUACGAUGGGUUCACUUUGCAGCUCCCGGAGCAUAUCCAUACUCUCGUACAGCAGUUGGAGACACUCUAUAGGCAGACGAAGGAUCACAAGGCUGCUGACUAUGGCACCCUCAUUCACAAGAUCGUGGUUGCCCUAUGGACGCACGAGUGGUAUCCGACUGAGGACAACAUCGAGCCCGACCCUACGAUGCAGGUCGCUGCACUUCUAUCGCUGUCUUCGACUGGUUCGUUUGCUGAUGGCGCGCAUACAACCGGGACAUAUGCUCGCUUUCAGUCCUGCAUGCGCCUCAUCUUCUUGCUUGAAGCACACAACCGGGCAGACGCUGUUGAGUUCGCUGAGCGCAUGAGCAACACUGCUAGAGGCCAGCCAGAUGCUCCAUUGACACGCAAUCGCCAUCAAGCUCUGCUAGAGCAAGUCUACGCCCUACAACGCUGGUUUACGGAGGACGAAGUGUGCAGCUUCAGAUCUGUUCGCCGUCUCAUGCACUAUGCCUCGUCCUUGGCUGCCUCAACAGCGCCGAUGUCACGCCUGUUUUGGAAUUCGAUUGGCGAACGGAUGACGUACGAUGGCACGCCCGUUACAUUUGAGCAGUUCCGCCUCCUUGUUCGCCUCAAUCAAGAGAAGCUCAUGGAGCUCUGGGCGGAGUUGACGCGGAACACUGGCGUGUACUUCCGAUACACGGGGCAGCUGUUUGACGAUGCACGGAAUAAGGACCCCGGCUUCAACUGGACGCAGGACGCUCGCAAUCGGAAGCACUUCCGUGAUCCCGACCUCUUCAUCAGCUACUUUGCAGAGUACCCUGAGCUGCGAAAGUUCUUCGUGGAGAACUUGCCCGGUACGGACGAUCCAUGGUGGAAGAUGGACAAUAUUGCAAAGUGGUUGCGCACCUACGCCGAAUUUCACGAGCAGCUCAUGAUUGCUGUGGAGCUCAACACUGCGGGGCCAGCACGAGGGACAGAGAUUACUGCCAUGGCGCUCAACAAUCUCGAGACUACGCAGCGCAACGUCUACUUCCUCGAUGACCAAUUCGUCCUCCGCCGUCGCUACAACAAGAUGCAGAACCGCACCGGCAAGGACUUCACUAUUCCCGAGGCGUUGGACGCAUUCACCUCUGAGUGCUUCAUACAAGAUCAAGGCAUGCUGCGAGAGUUUGCGGUGUACCUUGCCGAUCUCUACUUCCCACAGGACGUGGCAGCACAAAAUGUCUACCGCACCUCGCUCUUUGUCAACCUUGGCAAGCGAUUUACAACGGAUAACCUCUCACAUGCCAUGGGCAAUCUCACUGAGCGUGUGUUUGGUGAGAGAUGGGGAGUCAACGACAUGCGCCAUAUCAUCAUUGCCUUCAAGCGCAAACGCAACCCCUCUUUGUUUGCCAUCCACAGUACUGGGCAAACCCUUGAAUCCGCUAUGUCAGGUCAUUCUCGCACAGCGGAUCUCAUCUACGCAACAAGCAUGGAUAUUUGGGAGGGAGCUGAGGAGGACAUUACACCGCUGUACAUCGCGAAGACGUAUGACUGGCAAUUGGAUCUGCGGCUUGUGCCAGGCAAUCGCCGCGGUUCGCUAGAGCAAAGCCGCUAUAUCAACUUUGACAUGUCUUGGCUGCCGCCUGAAAACAAUCCUGAGGGCCUUUCCGAUGCAGCUAUAAGUGCCAUUGCGGACAAGCUUUUUGCCCGCUUCGACUUUGACAUCAAGCGCCUUGUCAAAGCUGCAGUAACGGAGGCGGUCGAGGAGACACUCGCUAGCAGCAUGCGCAAGAUGGAGGAGAAGACACAGGAGUUGAUGGACAAAGCGCGUGUAGAGACUGUCAGUGCAGUGGAGCACUUGCUACGCCAGUAUUUCGCUGGUGGACCAGUUACAUCUGCGGCUCCAUUGCAAGCUGCCCAAGUACACACUCCGCCUCCCGCUGCGUCUACACCCAUUAUCCAGUCGCCGGUUCCGCCUCCACGGUCACACGUACCUCUCAGCACACCUGCGACAGAACACACUUCGCCUGGGCGUACAUCUUCCCCGCCUGUUGAUGAUAUGGAGGAUCUGUAUGCCCCCAAUCCGUUUAUCGGUGGUGAAGCAUAUCCGACCUCACCUGCUCCACCGCCAUCGAGUUCUGCGCCUGAGACGCACACUACUUCACCUGACCCUGAGGAGAAUGAGAAUGAAGAGGAGCACACAUGGGUAUUGCAUCCUGAUGAUGCACUUGACGGUGAAGUUUCGACCACGCAGUUGAAGGAGCUUGCACUUGCUCAGCUUCGCCAGUUCUUGUCAAAGGGCUCUGCACUCUUGCAGGACAUUGUAUGGAGGUCACUUGGUCAGGAAGGCGCGGUCAUCAACUGCUUGGAGUACAAAACGGAUGGGCUCUACAUCCUGGCAACUGGCAGUGGCAAGACACUCAUACCUGCGAUUGCAGCCUACGUUGAGCGCGACUCGCUUACUGUGGUUGCUGUGCCUUUAAACGCCAUCUACAUUUCCACUCAGGCGGCAUUCGAUGAUGCAGGUGUGGAGUAUGCGCUGUGGAGUCCAGGAUUACAGCUGCAGCGCCAGGACCGCCUGCUGCUCACAACGUACAACCGAGCAGCUAUGUCAAGCUUUAUGGCAACCUUAAGUCACGGCUACCACCAGUACCACUAUGCGCGGAUACGCAUCGCUCUAGACGAAGGUCAUCUUGCCGCAAGUGAGAUGUAUCGUGGAGACGUUAUGAAGGUCAUAGGCGAGCUUCGGCGUGUUGCUCCGAAUGUGCAGGUGGUCUCGUACACUGGCACCGUGCCCCCAGAGGCAGAACCGUCAGUGCGGCAGGCACUGCUGCUACGCCCUGGCGCAGGCACCACAGUUAUUCGGACACCCACCAACCGCCCCGAGCUGUCUCUUAUGCUGCUCCCUCAAAAGUCGAACAUGACGGACUGCGCCGCGCUUAUCAAGACUUGGUGGCGCUUCGUUACAGAGGAGGAUGUAUUCGAUGCCAACGCCGAUCGUGCCCUCAUCUUCGUGCAAACAGGAGACGCCGGUAUAGAGCUUGUUGACAUCUUUGCCAAGAGAUACAGGCAGACGGUCGACUUUUACUAUGGGCGAAAGGUAGCAAAGAAGCGACCUUUGAACGACAAGCAGCGCGCAGAGAUGCUUGGGCGUUGGGAACGAGGGGAAACCGCCACGCCGUUUCUUAUCGCCACUGUUGGUUUGGCACAAGGGUACCACUAUCCUGGCAUUCGUGCAGUCUUCAGUGUGGGCUUGGCCGAUGGAGCUACGCAGCAGUUGCAGGAAUGCGCUCGAGCAGGACGGGACGGCAAAACUGGCUGGGCGUUUAUGAUUCCGUUCGCCAACGAUAAUCACCCCUACACAGGUGGCGGUGUCGACAUCAAAGGCAAAUCCGCACUCACAUCACUCGUCUUUGUCAACAAGACUGCAUGCCUCCGCAAGGGACUGUUUGGGUAUAUGGAUGGCGGCGAGAAUGCCUCAAAAUGUAUGGACGAUCCACACAACGUCUUGUGCUCGCGCUGCAAUGGCAGCUGCAACGUACACUCCAGUCGCCGUCUGGUCGCCCCUGCAAAUGCGCCCCCUGCACGGCCAAUCCAAACACCUGCAUUAGUUGGGCAAAAGAGAUCACAGUCUGACGCACCUCCACCUCUGCCUGCAGCGCAUCGCAGCCUACACCGAGUCGAAGGAACAUUGGUAACUGCCCCAAGUGCUCCUGCACGUGCAGCACGCCCUGGCCCCUCUGGAUUUGCAGAUAUGCAGAAGGUCGCCACAGAUCAAAGAAUUUGGCGUAUCAACAACAUGCAGGACAGCUUCAUAGAUCUCCGCGCGGCUUGGCAGUUCUUCCGCGGCCUGUGUCCCUUGUGCCUGAUCCAAAGUCCCAAUCGGCGGGACUGCCUUGAGCAUUCACGCAUAGGUCUCUGCCCCCACGUGUGGUCUUAUGGCGAUGCCUAUCGCUACUGGUCUGCAGAGAUCUUCAAAUUCGACAUACCAGAGUUCAAUGAGCCUCCAUUGCACUAUCUCUGCUGGUUACCUGCAGUCCCUGCAAUGCCGCAUCCACCUCUAUCGGAUCCAAAGAAGACGUGCAAGGGCAGCUUCACUGUCAAGAUUGUCGUCUUCUUCGCAGUGUUUAACACAACGCCAGAGUUUGAAAGGGAGUUCCGCAGUGCGUUUACAGACGUAAAGCCACUGAAUGGAUGGCAGGACAUGGAGGGCAGACAGGCGAGGUUGCGCUGGAUUAUUACGAAGAAGGAAACGAGGCGGUUCAUCAACUAUCUUGAGGUUUUCAUAUGGAUGUAUAAGCGUGUCACGGGUCAGCUGUAA